AUGGGUUUCACUCAUGAGUACACCUUCCUCGUGUUAGGCCUUGACGUUGCUAACAUCGACGUUGACUACACCUUCAUAAUCGCCCUCGUUUACAUUGCCGAGGUCUCCUCUGCCUUCUCCCACAGCUUCUUUACCUCCUUCCCUGAGAUGUUCAUCAAUGUCGGCACCAUGUUGGCUACAUCUCCAUCUGUGCCUUCUCCAAGCUCUACUUCAACCUCGGGUGGCAUGUCAAGCUUAGUAUGGGAGCAAUCUCUUUGGUCCUUUUUGUCAUCAAGGUACUCGUCAAGUUGGAAUCCCUCGUGGCUCGUCAUGCAAGGCCGCCUGGGCGACACAAAGCACUUCCUCACUAGGACCUCCGACUCUCAGAAGGAGGUUGCACUCCGACGCGUAGACAUUAAUGAGGCUGUUGACAUCCCUAAGGAGUGCAACAAGUGUGUUGUUAAGAUCACCAAGCAGAGCGCCGGAGAGAGCAUAUGA